GGGUGGUAGGGGGCGUGGCCAGGGAGUGGAGAGAUAUGACUAGAGGGAGGAGGAGGAAGCCGAGUAAUAUCAGGCUGGGAGCUGCAGACGUGUGUUAUAGGAAGCUCCAGCUCUGCUAUAGUCGCAGCUCGUAGGAACACUGGUUAUAAAAAUGGCAGAGAAAUUCAAGAUUGAAAGUCCCAAUGUGCGGUAUUUUAAGGAUCUUAUAGAAGCAGAUUACAACUAUGCUACUACCCUAGUUUAUGAAGAAUGUGGUGUUACCAAGGUCAAACCAUGUUCCACUAAGUUUACUUUCAGGACUGAAAGAAAAGUCCCCAAACUUGGAGUCAUGUUGGUUGGUUGGGGUGGAAACAAUGGAACCACAGUUACCGCCGCAGUAUUAGCCAAUCAAUUAGGACUAUCUUGGAUGACCAAGACAGGAAAGAAGGUUGCAAACUAUUAUGGUUCCUUGUUCCAGUCCUCCACUGUCUGUCUGGGUUCUGGGCCUGAUGGAGACGUAUAUAUCCCUUUUCGUGACCUUCUCCCCAUGGUACAUCCUAAUGACAUUAUCUUUGAUGGUUGGGACAUUUCAUCUUUAAAUCUGGCUGAUGCCAUGAGGAGAGCAGAGGUUCUAGACUGGCAACUCCAGGAACAUCUGAGACCUUACAUGGAAAAAAUGCAGCCAAGACCUUCAAUUUACAUUCCUGAUUUCAUUGCCGCCAAUCAAGGAGACAGGGCUGAUCAUGUUAUUCAUGGCACCAAAGCUGAACAGGUACAGAAAAUCCGUGAAGACAUCCAAGAUUUCAAGAGAGCUAGUGGAGUAGACAAGGUGAUUGUAUUAUGGACUGCAAACACAGAGAGGUUUUGUGAUCUCAUCCCUGGGGUUAAUGAUACUGCUGAUAACUUGCUGAAAGCCAUUGAGCUUGGACUUGAGGUCUCUCCUUCCACAAUGUUUGCAGUGGCCAGUAUCUUAGAAGGCUGUGCCUAUAUCAAUGGUUCUCCUCAAAACACAUUUGUUCCUGGAGCGAUAGAACUUGCUGUCAGACACUCCGUCUUUAUCGGUGGCGAUGACUUUAAAUCUGGGCAGACCAAGAUAAAGUCUGUUCUGGUGGAUUUUCUUAUCAGUGCUGGAUUGAAGACUGUGUCUAUUGUGAGUUACAACCACCUUGGUAACAAUGAUGGGAAGAAUCUUUCUGCUCCUCAGCAGUUCCGCUCAAAGGAGAUUUCCAAAAGCAAUGUGGUGGAUGACAUGGUCGAGUCAAACCCUAUUUUAUAUGGACCGAAUGAAAAACCAGACCACUGUGUGGUUAUUAAAUAUGUCCCAUAUGUGGGAGACAGUAAAAGAGCAAUGGAUGAGUAUACAUCCGAAAUCAUGAUGGGGGGAACCAACACCAUUGUUACUCACAACACUUGUGAGGAUUCCCUUCUUGCUAGUCCCAUUAUUCUAGACCUAGCGAUCCUCACUGAAAUCUGUCAAAGGAUUACUUUCUGCACUGAAAAAGACCAAGACUUCCAGACUUUUCACAGUGUCCUCUCUAUUCUCAGCUUCCUUUGUAAAGCCCCACUUGUGCCAGCGGGAACCCCAGUAGUUAAUGCACUUUUCAGACAGAGAAACUGCAUUGAGAACAUCCUAAGGGCAUGCUUGGGUCUACCACCUCAGAACCAUAUGAUGUUGGAGCACAAGAUGCAAAGAAGUUUUAUGAGUCUGAAGACAUCCAGCUCAAUCUCAACAACUUGUCCCAUUUCCAGUAAGAAAGUGACUGGUCAAGUUAAUGGCUUUCACCACCAAAGCAUAAAAAAUGGCCACUGUAAUGGACUAGAGCAAACUGUAACCACAAGUGACACUGAGAUAGAGAAUUAGUGCAGGUGCAGAUAUCAUUCCACAAGUUCUAUUAGAAUCUACCAGCAUGGACUCUUGUGAGAAAAUACCAUAGAAGUUUUGGGGUUAACGCUACAACAAUUGCACUGAUCUUUCCUAAGUCAGAUCUUGUUAUCUGCAUGAUGAAGUGAUCUAGUUACUAAUAUUGUGCACUUCUUUAUGGUUAAAGGUUAUCCAGGAAAAACUUUUUUUUUUUUUUUUUUUAGAUCAACUGGCUCCAGAAAGUUAAACAGAUUUGUAAAUUACUUCUAUUAAAAAAUGUAAUCCUUUCAGUACUUAAGAGCUGCUGAAGUUGAGUUGUUCUUUUCUGUCUAAGUGCUCUCAGAUGACACCUGUCUCGGGAACUGUCCAGAGUAGAAGCAAAUCCCCAUAGCAAACCUCUUCUACUCUGUGCAGUUCCCGAGACAAGCAGAGAUGUCAGCAGAGAGCACUGUUGUCAGAAAAGAACAACUCCACUUCAGCAGCUGAUAAUUAUUGGAAGGACUAAGAUUUUUUAAUAGAAGUAAUUUACAAAUCUGUUUCUUGAGCCAGUUGAUAUAAUAUUUUAAAAAAUAUAAUUUUUCCUGGAAUACCUCUUUUUAAUGUCUUUUAUGUAAUUUUGAUGGUAAGAGUUCAUGGUUAAUAAAGCUAACUUCUAGUGA